UCUUCACCACUUUCCCACCUUGCACUUGCAGGCCUAAAACUACAUAGUCUUUUGACUCUAGAGAAGUGUUGUUGGGAACAGUAAUGGAGGUGGCGGCCAUUGCAAAUCUGGUGGUCCUAUCACUUCUGAUAACCUCAGCUGCCUCUGCAACUACUAAAUACACUAACUACACCGUCGGAGGUACCGCUGGAUGGUUCUUCAACUCCACCACCAACACCACCUCCGCCAACUACUCAAAUUGGGCGGCUUCUCUGACCUUCAACCUCGGCGAUUUUCUCAUUUUCGACACGAAUGGGAAUCAGACGGUGAUCCAGACGUAUAACCAGACGGUCUACCAAACCUGUGACUUCGAUGAUGCAUCGGAUGGAGAUGCUUUUCAGUACGGUGGGGGAAAUACGACGGCGAAUUCGUUGACGGUGGCGGUGCCGUUGACUCAGGAAGGCCCAAACUUUUACUUUUCCGAUGCAUACGAUGGUGUUCAGUGUCAGAAUGGAAUGGCAUUCGAGAUCCAGGUGAAGCACGGGCUAGGAUUGCCUCCUAGUCUCAAUCAGCCUCCACCACCGCCUUACGUGGCGCCUCCGUCUCCUGAUUCUCAAUCUCCGUCUUCUCCAACUUCAACUACCCCAUCCGACCAGCAACAGACCUACAAUGGCGGCUUCGGCUUCAGCUUCUCCUUCUCUCCGGCUCUCCUCCUCCUCCUCCUCCUUUUGUCUGCUUUCGUGCUGGUUUGAUUUGACUUUGGUGGAAAGAGACAUUUCGAGUUCCCUUCUGAGAUCUGAUGAUCUUCGAUCCGGUGGCUUGCCGAUUCGGCGAGUAGCGAGGGAUUUAUUUUCUUUAUAUUUUUUUUUUCUCUCCCAAAUGUUUUUUGCCCUUUUAGAUGGGAUAAUAUGAUCACACAUUCACACUUCACGGUAUUAUUAUUCACUGUUAUACUGUUAAGUUGGGCAUCUUAUUGGAUUUAUUGCCAAGGCAUA